AUGGGUAAUUUUACACAGAUACACUAUUGAAGACUUUAGAGAUCGCUGACCAAGUGUUCUUUCUGUCGCCUCCAAGUCAAAAUGUCGAUGGAAGACUUUUUGUUUGGGAGCGAUUUGGAAGAUAGCGAAGACGAAGGAAAAUCAGUCAAAGAAAGCAAAAGAGCAGAGCGAGAUGCUGAGUUGAGUGAGCUGUUUGGUGAUUCACCCAGUGAAGGGGAAGAUGAGGGCGAACAAGGCGUGGAGGCGUCUGAGUCAGACCGUGAAGAGCAAGCGGAGAGCGGUGAUGAAAACGCGAAGGAAGAAGGAACAACUACAGCGCAAGAAAAGGACGAGGAAGACGAGGAAGGAGAAGAUGAUGAUAAUGAUGAUGAAAAUGAGAAAGAUGUGACAAAACUCAAGCUCCAAUCUCAAGUGUCAUCUGCAGAUUUAUUUGGAGAUGAUGAGGAGCUGUCGUCAGAUGAAGAAGAGCAUGAAGAAAAAGAAGAAAAGCUUGGAGAACAACAAGAAGAACAAGUUGGUGAAGAUAUUGAAGCUCGAGAUGGUGAUGAAGUUCCCCAUGAAGAAGAAGAGGAAGAAGAGACAAGAAUUGAUGUCACCAUUCCAUAUUGUCAAUUUUCUUUGGGCUCUGAGUUGUAUUUUGUUAAGAUGCCAAACUUUCUGAGCAUUGAACACAAACCAUUUGACCCAGCUUUGUAUGAAGAUGAAAUGGAAGAAGAUGAAGUUUUAGAUGAAGAGGGAAGAGCCAGACUGAAGCUUAAGGUGGAAAACACAAUCCGGUGGAGGUACAGAAAGGAUGAGGAGGGAAAUGAAAUUAAAGAAAGCAAUGCAAGAAUUGUUCGUUGGUCUGAUGGUACAACAUCAUUACUGCUAGGAGAAGUGUUUGAUGUUCACAAAAAUAAGAUUGAAGGCAACUGCAACCAUCUCUUUGUUCAGCAGGGAACUGGUCUCCAAGGCCAAUCAGUAUUUAAAGAGAAGCUCACUUUCAGACCCCACUCUACAACCAGCCAGACUCAUAGAAAAAUGACACUAUCCAUUGCUGACCGAGCAUCUAAAGCACAAAAGAUACGAAUACUCCCUGCAGCUGGCAUGGAUCCUGAGGCACAGAGAUCAGAACUUAUAAAGAAAGAGGACGAGAGGCUCAGGACACAAUUACGUCGUGAAAAUCAACAGCGUAGAAUCAAGGAGAGACACCAAGCUAAAGGGUUGAGUGCCAGCUUUCUGGAACCUGAUCGAUAUGAGGAUGAAGGAGAAGACUUAGAACAGAGUUUGCUGGCGAUAAAGAAAAAGUACAAGAAGAAGUUAGCAGAGGGAUUUCCAAGCGAGUCAGAUGAGGCAGAGGAUAGUGAUGAAGGGGCAGGAGGCUUAGAGAGCGAUGAAGAGGAAGAGGGAAAGGACAGAUUACUUAAUGCUAAGGAAGGUGACGAAGACAAUUUCGAGGGAAGAAAGAGGACAAGCAGUGAAGGAGGAGGAUCACAGAGGAAGAAGAAGAAAAGCCGACAGAUUGUAGAGAGUGAUGAAGACAGCGAUUAGCUGUCAUGUUAGUUAAGACUCACAUGGAAAUGAGGCGGAAAUGCAAGAGAUUUUAGAAAAUGAUUAAGAGAGUUAUAAGCUGGUUUGCCCAUAGCCUUCUUAAAGUUGGAUGAGAAAGUACAUUGCACAAGUAAACAAAAUCAUCCCCUUCUCUCAUUCCUCUUGCAUUUUUGCAGCAGCUUUUUUUCUUACCCUCUGGAGAAAGACCAGAGAGAAAAUAGAAAGUCUGUUAACAGAGUAGUGAUCUGAUGUCAUCUUAUUUAUUGAGGAAACCACAAAAAGACAUUCUUCAUUGGGAAUGGAAGUGGAGAAACCAUAUAUUGGUUGUGCAGUACUGCUAUAUUACUCAAAAUGUUUGAAGUGCAGCAAGGCAAGAUAAUACAGAAGUGGUAUUUGGUGUUGUUCAAAGGAAGUGUUGAACUCAAGAAAACAGAAUAAAUGUCCUUUGUGUGUGUUUAUUUGCAUUGGUUGCAAUUGAAGACAAAAAAGUGGAGAUUAGCUACCAUAGACAGGGGCCUUGAAGUGGUAUGGAAGUGAUGUUGUGGCAAAUAUUUUAGUUUGAUACAUUAAAACAUGUUGUUGUCAAUGGCCCCAUAUUUGUCCAUGCAAACUCAAAUUCUGUUUUAUAACCAAGUCAGUUCCAAUUUGGUUAUAUCUCCUUACUGUCCCUACCGACUGCUGUUGUGCAUUUUUUUAAGAACUAAGUUGCUUAAAUUUUGUCUCAGAAAAUCAAAGUUUUGAAAAGCAAUCGUAAUUUUAUUUGCCUGUUUUUAGGCUUAACUUAUAUCGUAAGUGCUCUUUAUUGGACCUUAUUCCAACUUAUCUGAUAUGCAAACUUUAGUGCAAAUACACCACGAUGACUUGUGACCACUCUGUACACGAAAGAGCACAAUAAAAUUACUUCUGCAAUGCA